UACUGUUGUCAUUGCUCAGUUCAAUAAUUAUUAAACAUGGCCCUUAUGAGAGAUAAGAAUGCUAAGCUGUCCAAAUCAAUUUUGGAAAUGAAGUUCAUGAAAAGGACAAAGGAAAAAGUAGAACAGCAAACCUAUCAAAAGGAAGGAGAAGAUUUCUUUGCUAGUAAUGCUGCAAAACUUGCAAAGUCAAAAGGUGAAUUCAUCACUGCAAACAGUUAUGUUCAAUGUGAAGAUUUAAUCGAAGGUAGACUCAGUUUUCAAGGAGAAAAUCCAGAAUUAGAAAGAAUGUUGGAAUUAGAAGAAUUGGCAAAGAGAGCACCUAAGGAAGAACCAGUUGAUCAGAAAGAUGUAACAGAUGAACAAAUGGCUCGCUUAUAUCAACAAGCAACAACAAAAAUCAACGUGAAAACUACAACAAUAAGAAAAAUUGAACAAAGUACUCCAGACAGAAGUAAAGAACCAAGAAGAAAAAGGGCAAAGUUUAUCAAGCCCAAAGAGGAUGACUUUUAGGCAAAUCAUGUAUUUUAUUUCUUUUUGUAAAUAUUAAUUAUGUUAAUGAACAAUUGUUAGAGUUUAAAUUUUGAAUUUCAUCUGCUAUGUUACUAUAUUGCAAAGUUUUUUUGCAAACUUACUAUCCUGUAAAAUUUUUAUAUUGCAACGCUAAUGCAAUAUCAUAAUGUAUGAAAGCUUACAUGGAGCUUGCAGUAAGUUGCUGAAUAUUUUUUGUCAAAAAAAAAAAA